AUUUUACUUCAGAGCUCCUUUAGUGUAUUUUGGGAAAUUAUGGAUCGUCACGUUCCCAUGCAUGCGUUACCUGAAGAAAUCCAAAAGAUGCCCUCUGAAGAAAAAGUUUGUAAGUACUGUGGAGUGAGCUAUCUCAUUCUUCAUGAGUUUAAAGCUAUGGAAGAAAAAGUGAAAGCGAUGGAAAAAGAGAUGAAAUUUUAUCAAGGAAGUGUAGAACGUGAAAAGAAACUUCAAGAAAAGCUACAUUCUCUUAGCCAAGAUUUUGAACAAUACAAAAUUGACAAUGACUCCAAAACAGAAAGAAUCCAAGCUGGAAGCAUGCAGUUAAAAAAUCAGCAAAAUGAAAUUCAAAGACUACAGAAAGAGCUGAAUCAUUUACAACAUGAGUUAAAUAUUAAACAGAGACAAUCACAGGUCUUCAGUCAAAGAUUGAAGGAAUACAAAUAUUUCUGGAAUAAGACUCUUUCAUUACUUACUUUUACUAAAAGGGAAAUAACCAGCAUUAAAAAUGAAAUAUAUGACCAUUUUCAAAACUGGACUUCACUGAAAGGAGAAGUUUUUCUUCAAAUUAAAUACAUAAGUAAAACAGCCUUGACAGAAAUAGAGGUACUAAAUAAAAGUCUGGCGGCGUCCCACAGAAAUAAGGUAUGCUUAGAAGAGGAAAUGAAAAACCUGAAGUUGUUGUCAGAUGCAGCCAUUCUGAGGUCUCAGCAGAUUGAGGCGUCUAAACAACAGGAAGUGAACCUGCAAACCAGAUGCCAUGACUUACAAAAAGAUGUUCUAGAUUUGCAAAGUCAAGUAGAGGGACUCGGGCUAAAACUUCAGAAGGCAGUGACUGAGCUGGACAGCUAUAAAGAAAAGUUCAUGAAAAAGUCUAAUGAAGCUGAUGACUGUCAAAGAGAACUUAGAAAACUGAAGUUUGAAUCCGUUAUUUUUGAAUCAAGGCAUACUAGAUUGCUUAAAGAAAAAGAAGACUCUUUAAUAGCUUGUCAGCAACUACAUAAAACUUUACAGGAAGAACUGACUGCAAAAGAAAGGCAAGAAGAAGAUAUAAAAAGGAGGAUUAACCUUGCAGAAAAUGAACUAGAGACAACCAAAACUCUUCUGAAUCAGACAAAGGAAAAGGUCAUAACACUGAAAAAUGAAAGGGAACUGAUGCUGAUUUCACAUCAGAAGAGCAUUGAGCAGCUGCAGGAAGCCCUUCGACAGAAGCGGCUGGAUGAUGCCAACUGGAGGGAGAAGAUUGAAGCUGAACUCGCCAAGGAAAGAGCCCAACAUUUAGUUGAAUUUGAGGAGCAAGCUCUUCUCUUUAAGGAAGAAGCUAAACUGGAACUUGAUAUUGAAAAGGAAAAACACCAAGAAAUAAUCCAAAAGUAUAAGAAAGAACAAGAGGAGCUACAAAUGAAGAUAUCAGACUUAAUCGCAGGCGCCACUAGAGAUCUAAGGCUGCAAGUGGCCACUCUUGAAAAAAAGCUCCAUGAAUCCCGUGUCCAAUAUACUGAAGAAUCUGAGUCAAAGGAGAAGGAAAUUGAAAACCUUAAAAAUCUGGUUGCAGAAUUUGAGUCUCGCUUGAAAAAGGAAAUUGACAAUAGUGACUGCGCUUCAGCGGACUUGAGGAAGGAAAUGAAACAGAAGUCUGAUGAACUGGAAAGAUUGCUGCUGGAACAGACACAGCUGACGCAGCAGUUUCAGCAGUCCCAGCAAGAGAACACUUUUCUUCAGGAAACAGUGCGGAGAGAGUGUGAAGAACGCUUUGAGCUGACGGAGGCUUUGAGUCAGGCCAGAGAGCAGCUCCUGGAGCUCAGGAGGCUCAGUGGAAGCUUACCGGUGACCCCGCGGUUCCUCAGCCCCAGCAGCCUCGCCGCCUCUGCGGCCGGUCAUCAGGGAGAGAGGAGCCUUGCAAAACUGAACUCUGAAAGGGGCACCAAAAUCCCAGGCCUCAACAUCGUGCCGAAACCCACGUCUUCUCCAACCUCAGCUCAGCCCAAAAGGGCCAACAGCUCAGGUCUGCCCAGCCUCCAGCCGCACCCGCCCAGGGGCCGGGCAUCUUCAAUAAAUGAGAACAGACAGAGACUGGCCGCCCUUCUGCGGAGGAGACUGAAUCAGCCGUGACCGACCUGGAGGCAGGAGCAGAUAGAUCCACACAGCGUGCAUGUAGCUGAGGAUGACAAAGAUCACGUGGCUAUCCCAGAUUAAGAGUGCAUGUCUACAGACAUUCUUAACAAGAGAAUUGAAAAAAACAACAAACAAGAAAACCUAAAGACGUGGGAAGCCACAUUUUCCAAGAGGCCUUUGAAAUUGCAGCAAAUAAUGAAAUUGUGAUUCCAGAGGCCAGUUUCUAUAUUUAUGGAAAGUAUGUUCAGAUGUGCUCUACAAAUAUACCCUCUCAGAGAUCAAUGGCAAAAUUUUCACCCACAACAUUUUUUCUUUUUUUCUACCAUUACAGGCAGAGAUAUCUCCACACACACACACACAAAAAAAAUAGGUUUUAGUGGUUUCAUUGCUGUUCUUUCAUUUGUUUGCUAAGCUGAAUAGGUUAAAUAGAUGUAAUUAGUAUUCCAAAUAGAAAAUAAAAGUACUUUAGUCCUUAAUUAGAUAAAUUCCAAAGUGCUUAGUUCAAAUAUUCACAGAGUUCUUCAUCAUCACCAUUAUCAUCAUCAUCAUCUUUUAUUUUCAAUCGAAUUGUAAUCUAAUUUCUUUUAAGAAAUGACAGGUAACCUUUACGAAGACAUUCUUCCCUGUGAGUCUGGGGAUCUUAAAAAGGGGCUGGGGGGGGCAAGCAACUCCAAUUCAGGGAAACACUAGUUUACUUUUCAAGCUGUAGAGAUUAUUUUAGAACAUAGUAAUCCUGGCCACGAAACAAUUGCUCCACAGAGAUUUUCUAUGUUGAACGCUUUUUGGCAUCAGAGCUAGGCUUUGAUUUGAACUUGUAUUCUCAAGCCAUUGAGAAGAGAACUAAUUCAAGACAGUUUAAUCGAGGUUCCAAUUUUAUUACCCCUGAAAAUGGGUAAUUGGUUAAUAUGCUUUCUAUUUCCAGAGUGGAAAUUUAAACCAGAAACAAGACAAGCUAUUUUAAGUUAUCAUGAACCUUCAGGCUCUGCCUGUUUCUAAAAACAUAACUCUAUCUUAAGCUAGUGUUCAUCUAUCUAUUUCUCCAUCUAACAGAAGUGUAUUUUUCUUCCAAGACUGGUUUUACUUAAAUCAUCCAUCAGACUGCAUCAUGGAUAUUCAGGCUUCUUACUCCCAGGUUAGAAUGGUAUAUGACAUGUGAAUAUGGAAGACAAAACCCUCUGGUAUUUGGCUAUCAUGUUGAUAGGAUUUCAUGUUGAUAAGGGUACUUGAAAUCCUUUCCCUGGGCAAAAAACAAAACAAACUAAAGUUACUAAGCAAAAUCAAGUUUAUCUCCAACCGUUCAAAGAUUGGUCUAAUCUACCAGUAGUAGAUUUUGUCUGUCUGUUUUAACCUCAAAGAAAGCUCCACAUUAGGUCCUCUAAUUUCCCUGACUAGUUGAAAUGAGCACAUUUUGUGUUAAAGCUUAGAAUGCUUAUUUUUGUUGUACAGAGAUUGGUGUUCACUAUAAUGGCAUUUGACAAGAGAAUGUAGCGUCAUAGAAUAGUGGUGCUGGGGUGGGCCUUAGUUGCCCAAAGAGGUCUCACUUGUCAGCUAGUUAGUUACAGAGCUAGAACCAGAACCACUGUUACCUGACCCCAACCUUCCCACCUCACUUUUCCACUCUCCAGAGAUUCCCUGGCCUCCAUCAUGACUUUUGUCAGAAACACCUACACUGAAUUUACCUAAUGUUUUUUUUAAAUGCAUUCACAUUUUAAACUUUACAUGUAUGUAAAAAGGAAACACGACCCAAGGAAGAAUAACUUUAAAGUAAUGAGAUUGAUUUGCUAGUUUUUUUUCUAAUAUGCUUAAAAUAAAUGUGUGUCUAUUAAAAUACUAAAUAUUCGUUGGUAUAUCUUUAAAAUCACCUUGUAUAAUGUCAGUAGUCAUGCCAAUUCUAGAGACCACUGCUCUAGACCUCAGUGUUUCUGAUCUGGUGUCUGUCUGUUUAUAUUGAAAAUACUCAUCAUUAAGGGAAAUGGCAAGAGCUAGUGAAAGCUUUAGCAAAAGCAUAAGAGAAUAUUUGGGGCAACAAUUUUUUUGUUAUUCAAUUUUAUGUGCUCUUUCAAUUGUGCAAUUGCAGCUCUCUCUCCAGGAACCAUGGGGAUACACUUUGCUAAAUUAUGAAUGUAUUUAAAUUUGUAAAUAAAAACACACAUAAGCUUUUCUAAAGCGAUGUAAAGACUA